UUAUUAUUAUUAUUAUUAUUAUUACAACGAGCUGAGACCUCAAGAACAACCUUCGCAAUAAACCUUAUCUACCUUCUGGAUACUCCAAAAGACGAGAAAGCAUCAUGGCUGCGACAAUUCUUAUCACGGGAUCUACCGGCUUGAUCGGUUUCAGCAUCCUUCUUGCUGCUCUCGACGCCGGCCAUAAUGUGCGUUAUACGGUACGGUCAGAAGAGAAGGCUAAGGUAGUCUCUUCAAACCCUGCAGUUCAGAAGAGAGCCCCCGGAGAACGCCUCUCCCCAGUUAUCAUACCUGAUCUCGCCGCCGACGGAGCUUUUGAUUCGGCCGUGCAAGGUAUUACCCAUAUCAUUCACGCCGGCUCGCCCGUACCGGUCCCGACUUAUGAUCCGAACACGCAGAUUUACCAGCCAACAGUAAAUAUCUCCAAAGGAUUGCUGGCUUCCGCCCUCAAGGCACCUAGCGUGAAGCGAGUUAUCAUCACUUCAUCUAUCGUCGCGAACCUCGGGCCAGUGCCGCCUCCCGCCACCGUCUCGGCUACGACGCGCGUUCCAUUGCCUAACCCUAUCCCCAGCACGUUUAGCAAUGUCUUUGAGGCGUACGUGAUGGGUAAGAUAGUUGAGCUGCGCAAUUCGGACGAGUUGGUCGAGACGCAAAAUCCUCAUUUUACCGUGUCACAUGUAGUGCCCGGAUACGUCUUCGGCCGCAACGAGCUGGUCCUCGACGCCGACAUGAUGCAUACGCAAAACAGUUCCAACAACUUCCUCAUGUUGGGUCUGCAAGGCGGAGAACCGCCGUUCCCGGUCCAUGGCGGGUUUGCGCAUAUUGACGACGUCGCGGACGCCCACUUACGUGUGGCGUUCCUCGACCCGAAGCCGGAUGAACCCAAAGACUUUGGUAUCGCGGCAAAGGUAAACUACGAUAACAUAUUCGAUUACGUCGCUCGGGCAUUCCCCAAGGCUGUCGAGGAAGGCAUCUUCAAAAAGGGCAAGAUCCAGACUAUACCGAUUAAUUACGACUCGAGCGAUGUAGAGAAGCUUCUGGGUGGGAAACUGAGGACAUUCGAGAGUGCGGUGGUUGAUGUUGCCGCUCAAUAUCUUGAAAAACUAGGAAAGGAAAAGGCGUGAUGAUAGCAGGUGGAAUCUCGUCCAUCGUUACGUCGUAGCAGAACCAUGUAGACCUAAAUAUUUACCAAGGGACCUGAUAUAGCUGUUGAAGCCCAAUAUGUAAAUUCUUCACCUUGAUUCCAUAUUCAAAAGUGUGCUAGCGAAACUUUGACGAUGCCGAAGUGUUAUGCAAAACUGAUAUUUAUCGGUAGUAAUUCGGAUUGCGAUACCUACCUAUGGUAACUUGAUGUUGUACUCGUGAGGUUUCCUUAUUGCAG